GUGUAGACUACGUAAAUGUACAUAGCUCUCUGCAUCUUACACUUUAUAGUAGCAAGUCUUGAACUUGAUUGAACUUGAAGGAAGUAGACUUAACAUUACACCGAAGAAGCAGGAGACAACAAACGGUCGAAUGAUCCAGCAAAAUUAAAAAAGUGAACGACACGACGGAAUUUUUAAUCUGAAUAGGUGAAUAUAAAUAGUUAUCUGUGACGGUUGAGAGGACUUGAGGAGGAUCUGCUUUCACUGUGUCAGAUGUAUAUUGAGAAUUACCAUGGCAUACACUGGAGAGUUGGACCCCCUUCAACCAGAAGGUGAUAAACUCGCCAAGAGAGGCAGCUAUUUUGAGAUGCUUUCUAGUAUCUCUACUGAAUUGGAUAUAAUGCUGAACGAUCUAAAGAAGAAGGAGUCUUUUAUCCCAACGUCUCCCAGGUCACCACUUAGUACUUCUCAUGUGUCUUUUGAAGCCAAAGACAGGAGCUUACUCAGAAGCAGCAAGGCAUUCUCAUUCUCAGACACAGAUGAGUGUGAUUCAACUGGGCUGCCAUCCAUGAGCAGUAAGCAUACCUCCACCCUAAGUGCUCCGGAGUCAUUAAUUCAACUACAAAGUUUAGACAGUUCAACUCCUGAUAGAACAGGAUGUAAUGCUUCUCUUAGCCACUCCUCCCUGCCUGAUAGUACCCUCACUAUGAUGACCCGCCUGGUUCACACUAAACCAAUUUGGUUUCUACCCUCUACACAAAGGGCAGCAGCAGCCCAUUAUCUGCAGAGUCAACCUGUCGCAACGUUUGUGGUGCGGCAGGCCAGGCAGAAGGAUAAACUCUCUCUGACAUUGAAGCAUCCUGGUACAGGGAAAGGUCCAUAUAUUGAGAGUUACCCCAUCGAGAGCACAUUACAAGGGGUAAAGUUGUUGAUUGAAGACAUGGUGUUCCCCGCAUUGGAUAACCUUAUAGCAUACCACAUUCAAACUCAGAUUGGAUUGCCAUGCCGAUUGGCUCUUCCAAAAGCUGUUAUGGCUGCGAGGAACUUACGGGAAAUUCAAUCUCUGGCACUGCUUGAGGAAGAUUUCUGGAAAUCAGCACACAGCAGAUCUCCAACUUUGCCAACUCCAAAAGAUGCAUUUGAAAUGGAUUCUUUAAUGCAUGUUACCCAGGGAUGUGUUGAAACUCCAACCUUUUCAAUGCCAUUCUCAAAGCAAAGCCUGUCAGAAGCCAGCUCUGUGAGACAGCAACGUGAUCAGUUGAACGUAACAUCAGCUACUUCUUUUGAAGAUGGGUUCACAAGUAAACCAGAUGUAUGUGGCAUGUAUGGAAUCAUUACUACACCACAAGUCAUUUAUCAAAAUGCUAAUACCAUUGAUAAGGAUGAUCCUAAGAGACCUGUAAGCAGCUCAUCACAGACUUUGUUGGCAGAUAGAAAGAGUAGCAUGAAUCCAAUCACAAGCUACCACAGACCUCUAUCAGAGUUUGACCGUCAGGACAUGCGCUUUAGCAGUGCCAGUGAGUUUGAUUUUGUCACAUCGACAAGUGAGCAGCGCUACCCUCCACCUAAAUGUGCACCUCCUCCCCCUCCAACAGGAGAGCAAUCCUCAAACAUUUUCAUGAUGCCAUCCUUGCCUGCAAGGUACACUUGGUCUCUAGUCAAACCUAGUUCAGAACAUGUGGAAUAUUGUUUGCCCCAUGACCAGCCUCAGUUGCCACCAAAACAAAACAAGAAACCAGCAAAUCAUGAAGGAUAUAGAAUGCCAGCUUGUGAAAGCAUGACAAAGGAUAUAUACCCAGCACAAGAGUGUGGUGUCACCUCAUUGAUUACUCAGCAGCAACAGUGUUUAUCCCACAAACAUGAUAAUUACAGGACCCCUCCCCCACCUGCUAGUUAUAGACAAUCUAAAUCCUACGCUGACUCACAGCAGCCUGCUCCUGCUGCUGCUGCUGCUGCCCCAAGGGCACAAGAGCAAAUCCAAAACAUCCUGCAGCCAUUACCUACUUAUAACAGUACUAAACAGGAGCCUGUAGCCUGGCAUGCACUUCCAGAAUUUGAUCCCCUCUUUUGCACUAGUGAGAACAAGGAACCGCCUGCAAACACAGGUAUUACUCCGGAGUCACAUACACUUAUGACAGACUGUACGCAAACAGAUGUUCAUUAUGGGAUCAAGGCAGUAACAGACAGCUCUCCAUCAAAUAACAAUAAUAGGACAUCAAACCAAAUGGCACCCAUGUCUAAUUUUCCAGACAGGACUUUAUGUGAAAUAUCAAUACCAAAACUUAUUAGAGUGCAUGAUGUGGAGUCAGGAGAGGAGGACACAUUUUCUGAUCAUGAAAUUGAAGACAUUCUAACGAAUGAAGCGGGACAUUUGUUGGAUAAUUCUUCCCAGUCAGACUGUGAAGUAAAUCCAGCAAGCUCAUUUUCUGCAGGUGUUCCUUUCACAGAAAAUGAAAAUGGUAAUCACCUGCUUCUCAGCCAGUCACUUGAAUUCAGUACAGUGGAAGCAAAUGAGCUUGAGCAAUCAAGAGAAGCACAAAAGAAGGACUUUAAAAGGAAUAAAUCUGGCCUUUCAAAUUUCAACAAGCUCAGAUUACUUGCUAAAAAAGGGUCGCGUGGGGCCACCAAGAAACUGCAUAGGAUAUCAGGAAAGAGCAAGAAGAGAGAUGCCAGCACAGACAUCCAAGAAGCAAUACUAAGAGUGGCUGCAAAUACAAGCAUUGGUCUUGGAGCUCUGGUAAAUGGAUUUAUCAGGACACAGGAAGAGAAAUGCGAGACUGACAAACCUGACAUUGUACUUCGAAGCAUCAGACAAUUCAUGAGUGGUACAAAGAAUUAUCUUCUCAACAAAAGAGAGCCAGAGAUUGAUGCUGUCAUUGACAGGCACAUGGACGAGUUGGAUCUAGCAGGUUUGGAAGCCAUUGUUGAGAGCGCUUUACAUCAGUGUGUCCUGGAACCCUUGAAGUCAGAUAUAGGCAUGAGCUGUAUCAAUGAAUAUAACAGGAAUGGAUCAAUGGCCUUAAUGGAUCAUAAUAUCAUGCAAGCAAAGAAAAGGACCCCUGAGGAGUUAGGAAUAAAGUCGAACUACAUGCCACCCGAAGGGGAAGAUCUAGAUGAGAUUCGACAGCUCUUCUUACAGCUUCAAGAGGCUUACUCCCCUCUCAACAAACUGGAUUUACUGCUCAAGAUUGUAAAAGCAAUAUACAAAUCAGUCCGAGACAGAAUCACUGGACAAGAAGUUGCAAAUUCUAUGGGAGCGGAUGAUUUCUUGCCCAUGUUAAUCUAUGUGUUAGUGCAGUGUGAAAUGAUAAGCAUGGAGAUUGAAGCAGACUACAUGUGGGGACUUCUGGACCCUUCCAUGCUAUCCGGGGAGGGUGGCUAUUACCUUACUACCCUCAGCAGUGCAAUUUGUGUCUUGAAGCAAUUUGAAGAGGACAAUACUAGAGAGACACAGGGCUUCCUUACUGUGCUAGCUGCAGUAAGCCAAGAUCCUACCUGUAUUAGCCUCAAGACUUUACCUGUAUUGCCUGGUAUGCUGGCCAGUGAAGUGUGUGGUAUCUUAGCUCAACGAAUGAACUUGAGAGAUGCUGAAGACUACAGGUUGUACUUACUCCGAGACUCUAUUGAAAUUCCGGUGGAAGGUUUUGAGUGUCCAUUGAAUAUUAAGAAUGAGGAGGAAGCUGAUGGGAGUAGGGGCUGUCGCUUUGGAUACAGACCAGUACAUACAGAGGUCAAUUGGCCGCGGACUAGUGGAUCGAUGUAGUAACUGAUCAGGAGCUGUUACUUUCAGUCCAGAGCAAUACAUAGAGAGUUCUUGUGGCCUACUGUAUGAGGAGUGAAGACUGGUUCAGCUAGUGAUAUAAGACAAUGUGGCCUACUGUAUGAGGAGUGAAGCCUGGUUCAGCUAGUGAUAUAAGACAAUGUGGCCUACUGUAUGAGGAGUAAAGACUGGUUUAGCUAGUGAUAUAAGACAAUGUGGCCUACUGUAUGAGGAGUGAAGACUGGUUCAGCUAGUGAUAUAAGACAAUGUGGCCUACUGUAUGAGGAGUAAAGACUGGUUUAGCUAGUGAUAUAAGACAAUGUGGUCUACUGUAUGAGGAGUGAAGACUGGUUCAGCUAGUGAUAUAAGACAAUGUGGCCUACUGUAUGAGGAGUGAAGACUGGUUCAGCUAGUGAUAUAAGACAAUGUGGCCUACUGUAUGAGGAGUAAAGACUGGUUUAGCUAGUGAUAUAAGACAAUGUGGCCUACUGUAUGAGGAGUGAAGACUGGUUCAGCUAGUGAUAUAAGACAAUGUGGCCUACUGUAUGAGGAGUAAAGACUGGUUUAGCUAGUGAUAUAGGACAAUUACUUUGGAUUCAGACUCAUGAAUAUUAAACUCUGAGGUCAGUUUGCGUUGGACUUCGGAUGAUGUUA